UGCUGGUUGUGUCGCGUGACUUGACCACAGCAGAGAAGAUGGUCUCCAUGAUGACAACUUUAAAAUACCAACAGUAGCCAGAAGGGUUGUAAACUGCCUCACAGCGAAUCACUCAACAAAAAACAUGUUCGUCUCUCUUUGUUAUCGCGUCGAGUGUCGUCGGCUACAUGUUGAGUUAUCUUAGCGAGCUAAACGUUUAGCUAAGCCAGCUAGCAUGCUGUCUCUGCUAUUGUUUACAUCCAGUCCUGGUGAUGGGCCCGGAGAGGUGUGUUAGCUAACCCGGCUACCAGACCUGUUAGAGGGGAUAGGAGUCCUCCUGAAGACCGCUCUGUCUCUGUCUGGACCGGGGGUCGGCCAUCAGUACUGCUGCCACCUCAGGGGUGAUGGAAGUGUCCCCUCAGGAUCCAUCUCUCAUGGCAAUGGACCUGUCAAAGGGCUACUCAGUCAACCCCCUGACCCGCAGCCACACUGAAGCCAUGGACCUGGCAAAGAAGCCCGAGUGGUACCACAGACGCCCGCCGAGCUGCAGCACCGAGAUCAGCUCCUCGUUCAGAUCCAGAGCCUCGUCCUCAUACAGCUCACAUCCUGACCCGGGUGCACCUGUCCACUGCAGAGACAUGGAGCAGGGCCCUGAGUCUUUAGGUGGCUACAUGAAUUCAACACUAGCUCCCGGGUUGGAUUUGUACCGCGACAGCAACCUGUGGCAUCCGGGUUUCUACGGGCCCGACCAAACUGGCAGUCCGGUUCUCGAAAGCAGCGGUGUAGAGGAGAGCGACAGCAACAGCGGCUCUGAUGUUAUUUUCCUUGUGUCCUCCGCUAAGGAGCCGCUCUUAUGCAGUUCUUUCAUCCAGGACAGCGUGAGGCACAUCGUGGAGCCUCUGUCCCCCGCCGUGUCCUCACUGGAUGAAGGGAGAGGCUGCUAUCACCUACCUCAGCCUCUGAGCUCACCCAGUCCUGACAGCUCGUACUCAGAGGACUCGUCAGACAGCUCAUUGGACAUUCCUGUACAUCACACCAGACCCGUAGUCCUCCUGUCGGACCUAAGCGCUGUUUACGGCAACCCUGCUGAAUCUCCCGUAGAUAUUUCAAGCGAUGACAGCGACGUUAUCGAAGUUUCAGUCACAAACGAAAAGACGAAAACCUUUUCUUGCAAGAAGAGUGUUUCUUGUAAGAAGAGUGUGGCGAGAGAAACUCCUCCUCAGAGCGACGAUGAAAAAGCUCCGCGUAGAAAAGUUCGACGCAGCCCCAGAAUCAGGAAACCUGUGUCUGAAAUUCCUCAAUAUACCUGCAGCGGGUCUCGGCACAGUUUGAGGAGACGAGCUAAAAACGACGCGGUGGGUAUUUACAACGAAAAUUGUGAUUCAGAUGACAUGAUGGAGUACGCGGUGAGGUUGUUCAGCUCAGGCGCAGACGAGUCGGCUUCGCAGCCAAACUUGUCACAAAGAGUGAGCAGUAAUUCAGAGGAGUCUGAUGAGGACGUUCGGACAGAUAGGAAGUCACCGCAGAGAGAGUCGCAUGAGCAGCAGCCUCGCUGCAAAAAAGUGUCGCCCGCGAAAAGCAUCAAUGGUAAACGAAAGAAGCCCCCCACCCUUCCUAAAACUAAAAGGUUAAGAACUAAACAGAACCAAAACUGCAGGGUCGCACCGGAGCAGCAUGAAGGGAAAACAAACAAAAAAACUGUUGCAAGACGGAAGAAAAAAGCUCGCCAACACACCGGACCUGCUGCUCUGUUUUCUCCCAGAGAGCCAGAAAUCAAUCUGAAAUAUACAAAUUUAAAAGGGGAAAAAAAGAACAAAAAAGUGGGAAACUUUUGCCCUUUUGUUCACAUGAAGAAGAGGACGUGCACUGUUGUGAACUAUCAGGAGGACGAGGAGACAGUCAGGAGCAGCAGAGGACAGCAACAGAAAGCCACCAGGUCUCUGUCGGGGUUUGUCCCCAAUACGUCCUGUUUCCAGUUGGGUCGCUUCAGCCCGGAGAGCAGUUGUCAUGCGUCGCUGUUGUGCUGCCUGUGCGGUCAGACGGCCAACGCCGUGGGCCUCGGGGACCUUCACGGCCCGUAUUACCCCACCAACCCGUCUCUGUACAAGACUGAGCAGAAAGAGGAAGAACAAUCAGUCGUCAGUAGACGUUCAGUAAAUUCCUCAGAUGGUUGUGACGGUCACGACUGCGUUGCUGUCAAAAGUUUGCUCAAGAGCGACGACCACUCUCUCCCAAAGGUACCGCUUCGUCUGGACGAGGGCUGGAUCCACGAGGACUGCGGUAUCUGGUCCACCGGCGUCUUCCUGGUCAGAGGGAAGCUGUACGGGUUAGAGGAGGCGGCCCGGGUCGCACAAGAAACAACAUGUUCAGCGUGCCAACAAACGGGUGCAAUAAUGGGAUGUUUCCAGAAGGGCUGUCCCAGAAAUUAUCACUACAAAUGUGCCAUUCAGUCAGGCUGUGUCUUAAAAGAGGACAACUUCUCCAUUAGAUGUCCAGAGCACAAGAACAAACUGUUCACAAGUGUAGCCAGACAACGCAGGAGAUGACGCGGAAGACAUUUGGGGGCACUGGAGAAUGAUCUCCUCAGGGUGCGACGUGAUCUGCCUGAUUUCACCUCGGCUGUUUUAUAACACUAAUUAACGUGAGCGUGUGUCAGUGGGAAAACUUUCUGGUAAGAUUUCACUCAAAGACGGAUCAACCAGGGGCCACUUUUAGGGUUUUUAUAAGAUGUGUCUUUGUUUUGUUUAGUCUCUUUAACGCAGGCAGUUGGACUAGAUGGUGUGUGUGUGUCUGUGUGUGUGUGCGUGUGUCUGUGUGUGUGUGUGUGUGUGUGUGUGAAAGGAUAUUUAUUCCUCUUCUUAAAGAUCCACACGGGGACUAGCCAUGUCACAAAUACAGUUUAUUAUUUGAACAUAAUAAUUAUAUUAGAGUUUAAUGAGCUUUAUUGAUUUUGUUGUAUAGAAUAUGACAUCUUUAUAUCAGGCCUCUUCUUUUCUUUCUACAGUUUUUUGUACUACUUUUUUUAUUACUGUUCGUGCUUCAGUCAUCACAUAACAAACCCUUAUUUAUUUCCAUAAAGCUGCAUGCACAGUUGAUGUUGCUACCAUGCACUUUAUCGGUUGUUAUUUAUGUCUAUUUGUAGACUUUGUUCUUCCUUUUUUACUAAUAUUAUUUAAAUUCAAUGUUAAGCUGCACUAAACAAGAUUUAUAUAUAUAAAUAUGAAAUUUCUGUUUAAAGCUGAAGUAGGGCUCCUGUCGCCUCUUAACUGUGACCACAAACUGUACGUUCAUCAUAUUUAAGCACAUUUAUUUCUGGUGUCAGGUUUGGAUGCUUCUAUGAUUAUCAUCAAAUUUAAGAUUAAUAAACUGAAAACGAUGCGUUCACUGUUCAACGGUCGAGUUGGUAAAUUCUUCUCUUAUUGUUCUGUUACUGGACUUCAGAAAGUUUAAAGUUAAAGGGUCAGUUCAACAAAAUCACAAAAAAUGACUUUUGAAGUGGUCUAACUCAGAUUGAUAAAGUUAUUAGAGCUGAAUUAGUUCACAGAAAAUUAUUCAACAACUGUUUUAAUUAUUAUUUUGUUAAUUAUUAUUAUUUUUAUUUUUUUUCAAAAAUGGCAAAACAAAUAUGAAUUCAAUUCUGCUGUUCUCUGUAUUAUAUCAUUGUACAUGUAACAUUUAGAGGUUGUAGACUGUUGGUCAGACCAAACAAACUAUUUGAAUAACAUUUUGGGCACCUAGGAACUACAGUUCCCAUAUUUCUUUGGGCUUUGGGGGAUGUAAACAGGAAGUUUAUGCAUUUUUUUAAGCCUAUAUAUGUUUACAUUUUGGCAAGUGUGCACCAUUAAAAAUAUGCCGAAAUACUGAUGAAAAAUUAAAAAUAUAUAUUAGCUAUUAGUAGUUCCUGUUUUCAGUGUGCCCAUGGAUGUACAGACAACUAUUGCUAGAUUACUUUGAUAUUUAAGAAAACUUAAAAACGUGCUGAUUCUCAGGCAAGUUCUGAGCGUCUUUUUUUCUAAGCGCAUUAAUCAACAUUUAUUUGACCAAAUGUAAAAUAAACAGUGAAAAUUCUCCACGCUGAGGUCUGUAGAUAAUCCUCAUUAAAUCAAAUUGUACAUAAUGUACAUAACUUGAUAAAAUACCACAGGAAUAUGUUUUUUUUUUUGUGAUUUGGAUGAAUUGAAUCUUUAAUAUAUUUCAGCUGCCAUGUAGAGCUGAAGUCGCCUAGUGCAGCUUUAAUUAUCCACCUGUGUAUGAGCUUUUGUAUUUCAGUUCACAUGAUAUGACCGAUGACAAACAUCAGUUCAAACAUUCAUUGUUUAAAAACAGAGGUUUUUUAAGUACAUUGUCAAUUUGUUUUCAUGCCUUCACUUUUUAUUAUUUGAGGAAUAAAAAGAUAAUUCAUGUUAUUUAAUAAAAAGUCAAUAAAACUGAA